AACAGUACCAUGGUGGAACAGUCGGACCGAGCCCCGCUGCUGGACUGGGAGGAGAUCCCACCGCCCGAUCCGAACCAGGCGGCCCAACCACAGACUCAGCCGCCGCGAGAAGAAGACUCCGCGGCGGAGAAGAGUGCACCGACAGGCACUGCGGCUGGUACUGGGUGGAGCAGCACCACCGCCACCAUCGACGCCGCCACCGCCACCACCACCACCAUCCCCAUCAUCACCCCCAUCAUCACCCCCAGUGCGACACAGAACGUGGCAGCUGUUGUUGUCAAAGGGGACGGAAUCCCGGGCCGAACCGAGCUGUCUGGGCACGGGUGGGAUCGCCCGCAGCCUCUCGGUACAGACCGUAAUGUCCCUUUCCCCGGCCUCUCAGCGAGGGAUCAGUGGGAGGAAAAAGACCAGAUAGUGGCUGUGUUUGUGGUUACCUUUGAUACAAGAUCAGGGAAUAUGAUAGAGUGGUGCCUGCCUCAUGACAUCAACUUGGACGGAGUUGAAUUCAAGUCAAUGGCCAGUGGUUCCCAUCGGAUCACCAGUGACUUCAUAUAUUUUCGUAAAGGGGGUUACUUCGGUCUGGCAUGUUUUGCGAACAUGCCUGUGGAGAGUGAGCUGGAACGAGGAGCAAGAAUGAAGUCUGUGGGAAUUCUGUCUCCCUCCUACACUCUGCUCUACCGUUACAUGCACUUCCUUGAGAACCAAGUCAGACACCAGUUGCAGUGUCCUGGACAGUAUUCUCCACUGGAGGCCUUUUAUGAGGAUAAGAAGGCCAUUCUUCCCCCUACAGGAAACGGACUGGUCACCGCCUGCCCGACCUGGAGUGUUACUAAUAUAAGCCGCUGCAUGCACCCUGAAAUGAAGAUCACCCAUCCGGCUGGCUGCAUGUCCCAGUUCAUCCAGUUUUUCGGGGAGCAAAUAAUGGUGCUGUGGAAGUUUGCGCUGCUUCGGAAACGUCUACUCAUCUUCUCCCCUCCACCUGUAGGGGUUGUCUGCUACAGGGUGUAUUGCUGUUGCUGCCUGGCCAAUGUUUCAUUACCGGGCAUUGGAGUUUCUGUGCCUGAAUUACGGCCUUUCUUCUACAUCAACAUAGCCGACAUCUCUGCCCUGGAAACAGAGCUGUCAUACGUGGCCUGCACCACAGAGAAGAUCUUUGAGGAGAAGAAGGAGCUGUAUGAUGUCUACAUCGAUAACCAGAAUGUGAAAACUCACAGAAGCCAUUUGCAGCCGCUACUUAGACUGAAUGCAGCAGACAAGGAGAAGUACAGGAAGCUGAGUGAGCAGAGGCAAUUGCUGCUGUACUCUCAGGAGGUGGAUGAAGACUGCACAUCAAAUGAAGAGGAUCUUUUCAUCCUGUUCUUUAUGGAGCUGAAUAACCGCAUCUUCCAGACCCUGUCAGAGGUAGCAGGAAGUGCUGACCCCACUCUCACUGGUGAGCAUGUGAGGGCCAUGGGGCUGGAUCCCCAAGGUGAUCGCUCCUUCCUUGCCGACCUGCUGGAGGUUUACGGUUUCGAUGUAACGCUGGUCAUAGACAACCUCUGCUGCACCUGAACCCCAUUCAACCUGGGAAACUUGGAAGCCACUGGAUUAUAUGUGCCUACUAGGCCCACACAUACCAAGACACUGAAGACACUGCCCUCCAUCCUGGGACAUCAUCUGUUCUCUUCUGUCCUCCCCGCCUCUGUGUGUGUUUCAUCUGACCUGAGGAGACUGUUUCUAACCACUGUGGAUGACAAGGACACCUAACAUUGUGCACUUCUUCACAGUAGGUAAUGAAUACCAGUACUGCUGAGCUUAUGGCCAUUAAUAUCUCACGAGUCACUCCUUGCUGUUUUUGUCAGAACCACAUUUUUCUUAUGUGUACACGUGUUUGAGUUUGAUUCUGGCUUAAGUGGCCAGGACUGAGGCACUGACUGAAAAUAUAAAAAGUUUGAUCGUCACCACAGGAUGAUUGCACCUGCCACAGUAGUGAAGUCACUGGCACUUUGACAUCCACUUCUGGUUUGUCUAAAGAAUGGAUUCGAGCUUGGAAAAGGUUCUUGGAAAUGAACUUGUACGCUUCAGAUACCUUUUCUGGAAAGUUGAACAGACCUCAAAAUUACAGCUGUAAUUCUGUACUUGUGUUUUUCUUGUUCUGGCUAUUU